UUAUCUACUCUAGAUAACCUUAUUAAUACCUUUCGCAACUUUUUUCGUGUCAGGAAUUUAGGUUAUGUGUAAUCUGUGUAAUAUUAACAAUUAUAAUAUUUGUUAAUUAUUAAUGAAAAAGAAGAAAUCAAUUCAAAAAGUAAACGUUUUGUUAUAUCAAAGUAAGGCACUUGCAAAAAGAAUGCCUAUAAAAUAUAUCGGUCGCACAACAGACUUUAAAGGAAAGACGUUAUGGGAAAUCUUAGGAAAUUUAAAAAAUUUUGGUGUGGGAAGAAUGAUAAUACGCAAUAAAUUUCAGAGAUAUCCUGAACCUUGUUAUAUGAGAAUAUUAAAAAUUGCUACCUUACCUGCACCCAUGACGGAAAAACCGGGUAAAGAACGUAAGAUUGUAGCUCUUAUUCAAAAUACCUUCCGUGGAAUAACAUGUGAACCAGAGCAAAUAGAUGGAUCAACUUAUAAAGCAGAUUUUAUUUUGAUCCCUAAAGAUGAGGAGGAUAAAUAUACGCGUUACAGUAAAUCAUUAGUCAUGAAAGUAGUACCAAGAACAAUGGAUUAUCCGCCGCUCCUUAAAGAAAUAAUAAUACGACAAAGAAAAGCGGCAGGAAUAUUCAACAAAGAAGAACCAAAGAUGGAAAUUAUCUAUCAAAUGUCCGGUGUUAAACGGUAUAGAUUAGCAGAAGAAGGAGAAACGCCAACAGUAAACUUUGUAAUAAGUCUUGGAACACCUGAUAGUCCUAGUCUUUAUGCAAACAUCAAAAAAGAAUCAUCGUCAUAGAGAUUUAUUACAGAAGAUCGACAAGAAGAAAUAUCGAUUAUAAGUAUAAAAAUACCUAAAUCCUCGUCCAUAAAAGUUUCAGUAAUAUCCGCUUUUUCCUCUGCAAGAGCCUACAAUAUUUACAAAAUAGCAAAGCAUUAGUAUGAUAUUGACAUGUAGUAAGUACAAUUCCAAAUACCUUCCAAAAUUGUCUCAUUUCUUGUACAUAAUCGCGCUUUCUAACUAACCAGCCACGGACAUAUCUUUGUAUAUACAAAGCUGCCUCAUCCUUGGUUAAGAGCCACGACAAUGGAAAGAUGGGUCUUGGACUAUGAAAUGUAAUCUUUUAAAUAAUUUAUAUAAUACUUUAAUUAUCCUAUCUCAUCCGAGCGUACUGUAAACGUAAUAACAGCUUAAAUUGCGGUAUCUCAAAUACCGUGUGCCAUUUAAUUGCACGUUUUGGAUAUUUCGGGUUAAGAUUCCACAAAGUUUCAGCCAAAUAAUCGAUCCCAUUAAAUCGACACUUUUGUAUCUAAAUACGAUUUGUAAAAACAAUUAAUUUUUAUAGAAUAUUUUAAAUUCGAUAUGACAAGAUAUACAUAUGUAUAAUUUACUCGAAGAGCGUCCCAUCGACGAGCUUCAACUAACAUAUUUUCCAUUGCUGGUAAUAAUAAAGGAAAUAUUUUUUUAUUCAAAUA